AAAUGACAUUAUGGGUUUAAGGAGGACAAAUGAUGAGACACAUGACAGUAAUUACAGUUUUUCCUCUCAGCCCGUUGAGUCCGAACCAGUGGAAACUGGCGAGGACACGUGUGAAGCCGUUCGGUCGGAUUCUGAUUCCACGUCCUCGAAAUGUGUACUAUUGUGGGAGAGUGAACCCGUCGAUAUGUAUCGCGAGAAAGAGACGGUGACAUCUUUCAGCGGUUCUCCGAGACACGGAAACCCACCAGAGGGUCGGCGACGGUUACCGAAAAACGUAAGCGUGCACAAUCUGCGAGCUCUGGAUUCUCUGGAACCCAAAAGCGAAGCAAAGAAAGGCCAAAUGUUACAAACUUUGGAAGAAUUAGAAUUGAAAAAACAAGAUGGGCACCCACAAAGUUUAGAUUCGACAUACUGCUUCAGUUUCUCUCUCUCUGAUAUGUUUCAGUACCUUCUUGGUAGAAAACAACCAAUCCCCAGUCAAUCAGCAACAGAUGACACCAGCAACUUCAACACGGAUGGCAAUUCGGUCCCUGAAACUUACGAUCGUUUCUUUGCAGAGUUCGACGUAGAAAACCUCUUCGACCCUUUCGUCACAGAAGAGAAGCACACGAAGAUUCUUCCAGUCGCGUCUGGACAGACAAAUCUGCACCUGGCGGAAGCCUACGACUACUUCUUUGCAACCUCUUCUUCCGGUGAUUCUGCAGGGGAGGAGGAGGAGGAGGAAAGUUGCGGUCCAAUGACAGUAGUCAGCAGGCUCAACCAAAAAUCAGGACACAUGGACCUUCCCGAUCUGCUCGUUGAACACAGGGAAAACGGGAUCUCCAGACGGAUGUUGGCUGAACCACUUCGAUGCGAAGACAUGCAAAGAGCUGUUCCAAAUCCAAGGACAGAUAUUUCCCUUCUGCCUCUCAGACAAUCAGAUAUGUGCCUGGUCUGUAUUGCAUUUGCGUCCUGGGUGCUGAAGACAGCAAAUCCCCAAGUUGGAGACAUGUGGAAGGCCGUUCUGCUGGCCAAUGUAAGUGCUCUGUCAGCCAUUCGAUACCUGCGGAAGCACGCCAAGGUGGAGGUGGCGGAUGGUCAGAAGAAAGAGCACCUGACCACGCUUGGUGGUACUCGAUGGGCUCUAUUUUUGUGAACAGCGUAAAUCCUGCACGACGGGCGAGGGUGAGACCUAUAUUGGUCAUUUCGUAGACUAUCGCAGGCCGGCGGGUCUGAUAGACGGCGGCCUGCGCCACUGCGGGAGUGUUCAUAACCGACCUCAGUCACUGCCAAUCAAAGCGGCUCCUCUCAUUCCCUUUAAAUCUUGGGAACUCAGAGUCUUGCAUGCACCCUUAUUAAAUACAGAAUGAGCUGGUGAUAACCGCUGCAGACUAUUUUGUUGACUGCUGUUUUAAAUAUUUGCAAAAGAACUAGCAAAGAAGAUUCAAUUCAUGUUUUAAUUUUUAUUUUUUGUCUUUGGGGAAACCUUUUUUUUAACUCGAAUUUUAUAUGUUGAUAUAA